GAGGAGGGUGAGUUCAGGGAGAGACGGAGGAGCCACCCUGUCAAUCACCAUGAAGGAGCCAUGGCGGUGAGGACGCGGUGAAUCCGGUAGUUUCUCUACUUUCCUCUCGCUAACCCUAACCCGGGGACCAGGUGGACUAUGCUGCGGGUCACUGCGGGACACCCCCCCCCACUCCUCUUACCAACGCCAACUGGGAAUCGCUCCACUUUGACGGGAACCAGCACGAGGCGGCGCGUUUAACAACAACAACAAAAAGAAGAAGAAGAAGAAGAAGAAGAAGAAGAAAACUUCAGCUGGCUUUUUCGUCUUUUUCUCUUUUCGUGUUACUUGACUCCAACUGGUGGGAAAUCUGGUCCGUGCAUUUCAGAGCCUCGGCCGGGUCGGUCGGAGCAGACACUCCCCAGGACGCUCCAAGCCGCCGCCGCGAGUCCCGGGAGACAUUCCCAGAUCCGCAGCCAUGAGCGGGGGGGACGUGGUGUGUUCGGGCUGGCUGAGAAAGUCUCCUCCUGAAAAGAAGUUGAGACGUUACGCAUGGAAGAAGCGGUGGUUUGUACUUCGCAGUGGCCGUCUGACCGGCGACCCAGACGUGUUGGAGUACUACAAGAAUGACCAUGCCAAGAAGCCCAUCCGCGUGAUUGAUCUCAACUUGUGCGAGCAGGUGGAUGCUGGGCUGUCGUUCAAAAAGAAGGACUUGGAGCACAGCUUCAUAUUCGACAUCAAGACCAUCGACCGUGUCUUCUACCUGGUGGCUGACACCGAAGACGAGAUGAAUAAGUGGGUUUGCUGCAUCUGCGACAUCUGUGGUUUUAACCCAACCGAUGACGAAGCUGCCAAAGCUGCUCACCAGUCAGCCAUCGGAGGCCUGGUAGUGGACACGCCCCCACAUCCAGCAAUUGGUUCCGGUUUACUGACCAGCGUGCCGCCUCCUUACCAGCCGGUCAGUGUGCGGCACCUGGACUCUCAGUCAAGUUCAGAGGAGCCUCAGGAUUAUCUGUGGCUCGUCAACUGUGAGAGUAAAAAGCCCGAACCCAACAGAGCCCAUGCUGAGUGUUCCAAGUCCACCUCUUCAGAGACAGACCUGAAUGACAACCUCCCCUCCCACCGCACCCCCACGUCCUCCAGCUCCUCAUCUAAACACACGUCGCACAACGGCUUCUUUCCCCAGCACCCGGGCCCUGCCUCCACCUCUCCCAUCUACGACUCCCCCCCAUCACGCGGUGCCUCGCUCACCACCGACGCCGGCCUUUACCACCUCCCCCGCAGCUACUCGCAAGACACCGUUCUGCUCCCUAAGUCCGCCUCCUCGCCUCCAGCCCCCCCAGACGGCGGGGAUGCCUCUGAGCUCUACGUCUUCAACACGCCUUCCCGGAAGCCCUCGAUGGAGUCACAGUUGCGCAACCUUUCCAUUAGUUACGAUAUUCCACCCACACCUGGUGCAAACUGUACCUACCAGGUGCCCCGCACGUUGUCGUCGUCGACAAGUGUUGGAGGCUCAGAGGGCGGGGGAGAUGUAGUCCCCCCUCCAAGACCACCCAAGCCUUCGCUCAGUUCCAUCUCAGGACCCCCACCACCCCCUGCUGAGCGCUCACCCACGGACACCUACUGUGUGCCGCGCUCAGCCUCAGAGACUGAUGGGAACUACUGUGUGCCUACUAGCGCCGGGAAUAAGACCUUACGCAGCAACACUAUUGGCACCGUGGACAGUUCACGCCUCCGCAAAGAUUUUGGAUCCCAGGACUGCUACGACAUUCCUCGAUCAUUCCCUUCCGAAAAAACCUGCUCGUUUGAUUUCAAUGAAAGCUUCAACAGCUACUUCAAAAACAAAGGAAUGAUGCCAGUGGGCAGCCAGUCCACAGAAGAGGUCGACCAGAACUACGUACCCAUGAGUGCCAACUCGCCGUCACAUCAUCGCUCGGGCAGUUUGUCAGAGCCAACGCACGAACCCAACUAUGUGCCCAUGACUCCAAGCACCAUGGAGUUCUCCUCUCUGGGAAAGCAGGUGCCCCCGCCCGCACACAUGGGAUUCCGCUUGAGUCCCAAGACCCCCCCUCGCAGGCCGAUACUCAGCGAGUGCCAGCCCCCACCUGUGGACCGAAAUCUCAAACCUGAUCGCAAAGGUCAGAGUCCUAAAAUAAUAAGAGCAAAAGGUGUUGGUUUAGAGCGAACCGACUCUCAAACCGUAGGUGAAUUCCCAAGGGGACGACGCAAGGGAAAACCCGCUCCACUGGAGAUCAUACCGCUGCCAGAGUGGGAGGAGCCCUGUACGCCCAUCCGCUCGCCUGUCACACGCUCAUUCGCUCGAGAUCUCUCUAGGUUUCCAAUGCCAGCGAGACCCCCGUCAGUGCAUAGCACGGCCUCCAGCACUGACUCGGAGGAGUGUGAAGAGAAUUAUGUAGCCAUGGUCCCUAAUAUGUCCACAGACGAACCAAACGUGAAGCUUGUUGCGCCCAUGACCGCGGAUGGUGGUAGCAGCCCCAUGGUGAAGCCAAAAGGAGACAAACAGGUGGAGUACCUGGAUUUGGAUCUUGACCCCGGCAAGUCCACCCCACCUAGAAAGAUGAAAAGCAAUGGAACUGGUAUGGCAGCAUCAGAUGAGCGUGUUGACUAUGUGGUUGUGGACCAGCAACGAACACAAGCCCUUAAGAGCACCCGGGAGGCCUGGAACGAUGUCCGCCAUUUAACAGAGACAGACACCCUUUCCAAAGGAGCCAAGUGACCCUGUCGCCUUAACCACCAAGCCACCCUCCAAACCCACAAACCACUGGGCCAUUCCCCCCUCGUGCUGGCCCUGGUUUGUGCUUUGGGCCGGUCCAGCCGUCACGUUCCACCUCAACAGGAUCCUUUGUGUGUUUGGGGCCAUUGGAGCUUCAUAGCCACUCAACUGUCUUUAGUUUACAUUGCUGUCAGGCCAAAAACAGCACUGUGUGUACAGUUGUAGGAAGACGUGCGCGCCAGAAAUAAGCUGUGUGCAGUGUGAGAGCAGGUGGAACGACUGGACUUGUCCUCCAGGUUUGACUUAAGUAGACUCAUGAACUUUGAACAUUCACUGCCUCCUAGAUUGGAUUCUUUUUUCUUUCGUUUUGUUCACCUUUCAACAGCCGGAUGCGCUGAACCAGAGUUAACAUUUCCUUAAAUUAUAAUGCUGUUUGUUGUUGUUUUGAAGUGUAAGAGAAAUCACUUGAUAACAUGAUCAUAACACAAUGCAACACUGGUUAGCAAAGUAAGCGGCGUUUAACUUUCAGUUGAUCCGGUUGGAGUGGGGUGAAGUUUCCCUGGGCGCCAUCCACAGCUCAGUUUUACUCCCUUUUUAGCAGAAACUGUAUGAGGCAACUUCAAAGCAGAUCCCUAAGGUUUUUUUUUUAAUGCAAAGGCAGUUGAACUUGUUCCUUUUACAUGUAACCAAGUGCUCAAGUGAAGCUUUGGAUUCACUCAAGGUUUAAUCCACUGAACAUGAUUUGAUGUCCAUUUACUUUGUGAGUGGAGACGCUUCAAUCUGUUAAAAUGGAAGUGCAAAGACUGUACAAAAGUGUUAUGUAUAUAAACAGGAAAAGUGUCCUUUAUUUGUAUGGAAUAUCCAGUGUGUUUGGCUCGAACGUAUGUGGAUUCUGCAGGGUAGAAUCCUGUGCCUUUCUACGGUGGUAUCAGGACUUGUGAUUAAUGAAUGAAUUACUGUGAGUUUUUAGAACGUGACAGGUUUUCUAUAAGUUAUGCAAAGGUAUCAAACUUAGGCUACAGAGAAAAAAUAUCAGGUACUCCUCAUAAAUGCAAACUAAUACAACUAUCCACUUCUAAUUUAUUUCUCAAUUUAUUUCAUCAGGUGGAAGUCAUGUCCACUUUUAGCUCAGUAUUGUUGAUUCAUAUGGAGGAACAUUGGCUAUAGUCUGUUAAAAUGCUUAGUUUGACGAACGCCGGUCAAUUAGUUUCACAAGUUCAUUGAUAUUCCUCAUUUCUCUCUCCUCUUAGGAUUAAUUUAAUUCUAAAAUUGAACAAGCUUACAGUGUUGGGAAAAUCCGACUGCCUCAUCAACUUGAUACAUCUUUCAUAGACGGUGAAAAAGUCUUUGUCUGCGUAGAUCUGUGCUUUACUAACCUGUGAACUCUCAGUCCCGAGCAUGUGCUGCCACAAGAUAAAAUCAUUGCUGUACAUAUUUUGCCAUCGGUUAGAUUAACAUAUAUCAUUUGAAAAAUGUGCCUACUAAGUCGUCUUCAUUCUACUUCACUCUUUCCUUACUGCAGUCUCUUUGUGACGCAGACUGCAAAGCUGAUGACGCUUUAUCUUUUUUAAUGAAUCUCAACAGAGAAUGUAAAUUUUAAAAGUUGACUAAAUAAAAUCAAACCUCUUA